UAAUAGAAGAUGCUGGUCUUGUACUGCGUAGUGCUUCCAUUAUUUUUUCAUAAUGGUGAUUUGCAACUUUUGAAUUAUACAAAAAGCACGGAGUUUGGAGGAAAAGAGCAGAAAAUCAUAGACGAUUUAUUGAGUCAUUAUGAUAAAAGAGUUUCUCCCACAGAUGCUGUAGGCGAAGGUUCAGUCUUAGAUACUGUACAAUUAUACAUACUGAGCUUGGACUCCUCCGGAGAUUCAACAAUGGAAUUCAAGAUGAGCUUCUUUUUGCGACAAAGAUGGAAGGAUGUACGAUUGAGCCAUAACUUUAGUGGCAUCUCUGUGCUUGAACUUCAUCAUUUGGCCAUUGAAGCUGUCUGGGUUCCGGACAUUUACUUUGUCAAUGAAGAGACAGCCCAUUUCCAUAGUGUUUCUGUUCCUAAUAAAAUGUUAAACGUUUAUCCCGACGGUCAAGUGUCCUACAGCAUACGAGUAACAGGGACAUAUUCAUGCCAUAUGGAUUUGCGAAAGUACCCUUUAGACAAACAGAUAUGCUCUGUUUCCAUAGAAAGCUAUGGACAUAGUACAAGGUCAUUGAUUGUUCGCUGGAAUACACCACCAGUCAUUCUCAGCAAAAACAUAAAGAUGACUCAAUUCACUAUCGUGAAAACAGUGCCUUACACGUGUGAUCAACAGUACAUGGAGCAUAAUUACUCUUGCAUCAAACUGGACCUGCACAUGACAAGGAUGAAUGGAUUCUAUUUUAUUCACAUGUAUGUGCCUUCCAUCCUCAUCGUGAUGCUCUCUUGGAUAUCCUUCUGGCUCGAUAUCGAGGCUACAGCAGCAAGGAUUUCAUUGGGAAUUCUCACCGUACUAGCAAUGACGACACAAAAUAAUUUCACCGAUAUUCAACAUGUUUCAUAUGUAACAGCUAUGAAUGUAUGGACAGCUGCGAGUCUUGCUUUCGUUUUCCUUGCCGUUGUUGAAUAUGCUUAUAUAAAUGUUCACACUCGAAAACAUAUCAGAAAGACGAUGACACAAGCAACCAGCACUAUUUCUAUGAACACCACAAAUCACAAAAUAAAUAACAACAUUAUAACCAUUCCAAAUGUUGAUGCAAAAAGCAUUCAGAGUUCUGGCAAAAAAUACAUUCUUAACAAUAUGGAUGUGGACAACAAAAGAGGAAGAAGAGUGGACCGUCACGCACGCUUCGUUUUCCCAAUGUGUUACAUUUUAUUCAACAUCAUUUACUGGUCUUUUUAUAUGGUCUGGGAACCAGUCAAAGACACAGUUGCAUGAAACUUACCGACAUCAUUUUGCACAUAUUGUAUGAUGUGUUUGUUCGGUGUUACCAUUUAAAAAGUACUGCGUAUUGGGCAUGUCUCGUGUUCGAUACGAUGUCAAAAGAACUUCCAAUACCAACUAAGUGAUCUCAAAUCUUUCACUUUAACAUCUUUUACUCAUAAAACUGUAUAUUUUAUGUAGGGUAUUUGUUUUCAAUUGUGUCCAGCUUAAAACGUCGGCAUCGAUUCU